AUGGCCACUCCAACGGAGCGAACGUUCGUGCAGAGAUCCACAUUACUGCCCGUCUUUCCUCUGGAGCUCUGGGAUAUCGUCAUUGAAUACCUACAUGAUGAAGAAUCUGCCCAACAUCUGAGCCGACUUGCUCAAACGUGUCCCGCGCUUUAUUCCAGAAUUGACCCUCAGCUCUACAAACUUGUACGCCUGUCUAAUUCAGAAAGCGGUGCUCGUCUUGCUCUCACGAUAGAGAAGCGUCCAGAGUUAGCACCACUCAUUCGUGAUAUUCGACACAAGCACGAUGCCGGGUCAGAAAUCUGGUCUUACCGUCAUCUUAAAUUCUACAAGAUGGCUGCGACUUUGCCGAAUCUGGAGAACUUGAGUUUGAGAAGAAAUCCCAGGCCCUUUGAUUCUACCCGGUGGGCCAGUAGACGUGCCAGAGAUGAUGCCAUGUUGCAAUGGGUGAAAGACGUUGCCUCCGGGUCAGGGAGCAUCAAAGAGUACCGAGGGUUGGGAUAUGGGCCUUCAGGAGAAUCGUCGUUCAGUCCUCCAUAUCACGAGCCUACUCGCAUGCAAAGUGGCGCGGACCAAACUUUGUUCUGGCACGCUUCUCUUCAAAACCCGCCGGGGCUGCCCGCUCUGCGCUUUUGUCACAUCGGAAGCGACUAUAAUCAUGACGAGCACAAUACUAAGAUGGACGGUAGAUGCUUACCACGUUUCAAUGAAGCACUCUUCCGUCAUCCGAGUUUACUAAAGCUCUGUAUCACUGGCGCUACUUUCCAAAUUUCCCACUCUAGCCUUCCUUCGACAUUAUCUACGUCGCCUCUGGAGGAACUGACACUUUUGAACUGCGUCAUAAACCCGUUUGAUCUCCAAGCAGUGCUCGAAUAUCCAACAGCCUUGAAGCGGUUCACCUUCAGAGGCCCUAGGUCACUGGAGAUGGUAGAUACUGAGGGAGACACCCAAUGUUACAUUCAAUCAGCGCUCUCACACCAAAAUUCCCUGGAGUACAUAGAUUACGAUCUUUACUGGGGAGGUGAUGUGGACACUGACUUCGGUGAACUAGUCCGCGUCAAGCAUCUCACAACAACCCUCGCCACACUUGCAGGGAGGGAAUGUAUAGAACUGGAUCCUGUGGAUGACAUUCUGCCGCCGAAUCUCGAAAGUCUUACGAUGCGAUACGACGAAGUGAAGGGCUGGCUUCCUUCGGCUAUCUACGAGAUGGUGAAAGAUGGAAAACUCCCAAAGCUGCGCCGCUUUACCUGCGAGGUACCGGAAAUCAUGGAGCACCUUCCAUCAAUAAAUGUAUCCAAGUUCAACCUUCCCGCCACCGAGAUAUGUCAAGAGGGCAACACCUGGAAAAGCAAGUUUGCGGAGCUGAAUGUGGAGAUGUCCAUGAUCUCCGUUCCUUAUCCUAUUGAUAUGCCCAAGUACGACGUGUGUUCUUGCGAAUGCCUGUCCUUUUACCACCGCAUGUUCUACCAUCCGCGCAAACCACUGACACUUCCCUGGGAGGACGACUAUGGAGAGGAGGACGUGUUCUUUGAUGACUGGGCCGAUAUUGAUGAUGAAACGGACCUUGAUGCUCUUAUGGAUGACCUUGCGGAGGAGUCCAGAUCUGACAUCUCAGCCUGA